AUGGGAACAAAUGAUUUUAUUGGAACAGUUAACUUUUACGAGGAGGAAGAAGCUUGGGGCGUUGUCAUUUCUGGUUCUGUUAAUCGUUUGCGACCUCUGGCAAAAUUAGGUUUUCAUAUCCAUUCUCAACCUAUUGGAGACAAUCAUAAUUGUACAGCUGGUGGUGCUCAUUACAAUCCUUACAACGUGUCUCAUGGAAUGCCUGAAGAUCCACUUAUGCAACGGCACGUCGGCGAUCUCGGCAACAUUGACAUCAAUGCUGAUGGCAGAGCUUACAUAGGAUUAGUUGAUCAUAUCAUUUCGCUUAGAUCUAAUGACACAAGAAAUGUUAUUGGUUUACCUCUUAUGAUCCACAAUUUAACUGAUGAUGGAGGUCAUACUGGCAAGGGUGAAAGUAAUACCACUGGAAACGCAGGUCCACGAAUAGCAUGCGGAACAAUACGUCUUGGUUGA